CGACUAUUGUCUCGACUACUGUCGCAACUCUAUUGAUACCACUACCAGUAUUAUUCUUCCAUCCAGCUACCGCAUUCUGUGCUUGCCGUGCAGUUUUAUCUCUGAUGGAGUCUGUUGUCUCUCUACGUCCUUUACAUCUACCACUUCUUUUACGGCACAGAUCAAGGCACCAAACUUGAUAUCAACCAAGAACCCCUUUUCAAGUCAAAUGGCAGAAUCAGCAUUUGCCUACCAUGAACCGGCCAUAUCUACCAUCCUGAACCAGUCCGGGUUCCUCCUGGUCUUGAACCUGGUGAACACCUGUCUGGACAAGCUUCUGUACUGUGGCUUAAUCGGCCAACUCUUCAUUGGCAUCCUCUGGGGUACCCCCGGGGCCAAAUGGCUCGACCGUGACGUGGAAACAGUAAUGCAGCAACUUGGCUACCUGGGCUUGAUCAUGCUCGUCUAUGAAGGCGGCCUGUCCACGGCCCUGUCCUCCCUCCGCGCCAAUAUGUAUCUCUCUGUCGCAGUAGCUGUUACUGGAAUCGCCCUUCCCAUCGGCUUGUCAUUCAUUCUCAUGGAGUUGGUUUCCGCAACACCGCUCCAGGCAUUCUCCGCCGGCGCGGCUUUGAGUGCGACGAGUCUAGGAACUACGUUUACUAUCCUUUCCACUACGCAGCUGAUCACGUCGCGUCUUGGCACAGUAACUACCAGUGCUGCCAUGUUUGACGACGUUGUUGGCCUUGUCAUGGUCCAGAUCAUCUCGAACCUCGGCGGCAGUGGUGACUCGUUCACUCCAGUAACUGUGAUCCGGCCGCUCUUUGUUUCCAUCGGCUUCGGUGUUGGUGUCGUCUUGGUGUGUCGAUUCGUGGCGCGUCCGGCUUUGGUCAAGAUUCUCGAGUCAAAGACCAGAUUACCCCAGUUUACGCACACGCCGCAGUUUGCAUUUAUCGGCUACACUUGCUUGCUUGUUGGUCUGGUCGCUGGGGGUACGUAUGCUGGAACGUCCAGUUUGUUUGCUGCGUAUCUUGCUGGGGUUAUCACAUCGUGGUUUGACACCUUGGUUCAGCCAAGCCCAAGUCCACCAGCAGCUCAAAAGCAGCAGGAGGACAACAAAUCCCAGGCACGGGAACCACCUGUACAGGCAUCGGCUUCUGCACCUACACCUCAAGCCACCAGUUCGAACGAGCAGCAAAUGAUAACCGGGGUGUACAUCUACGAGCAUUACUACCAUGGCCCUGUUACUCGAAUCUUGAUUCCCAUGUUUUUUGCCUCGAUCGGUUUCGCGAUUCCCAUCACCGAAAUGUUCCGCGGCAGCGUCGUCUGGCGCGGUGUCGUGUAUGCUGUCCUGAUGGCGUUUGCAAAGAUGUGUACUGGACUGUGGUUGGUCCGAGUCUCACCAGGUUCCGGACUUCGGGCCUUCGUUCGCGUUUUGAAGGCUCCUCUCACCUAUACGACUUCCUGUAUCUGGGGUUCUCAAUCCAAGGAAACUCGGACCAGUGAGAAAAGCUCCAAACAACGGGUUGCCGACAGUCAACAAGAAAACACAGACAGCACUGCAGAUUCUGGUCCCAAUACUCCCGGCCUCUCCAAUUCAGAAACUGAUGCAGACGCCAUCACGAACGCGGAUACCAAUACACCCCCUCACCAACAGACACAGGAUGGUGGUUCAUCUCCUCUCCCCCCAAAGCCGAAGUCGCUCUACCCAGCCUCAAUCCUAGCUUUGGCCAUGACCGCCCGCGGCGAGAUAGGCUACCUGAUCGCCUCUCUUGCAGAGUCAAAUGGGAUAUUCGGCGACACAUCUCAGGGUUCAUCCGAGACCUAUCUAGUUGUCGUGUGGGCUAUUUCGCUGUGCACAUUGGUAGGGCCUAUUGCGGUUGGAACUCUCGUUAAGCGUGUCAAAACAUUGCAGCAGAAGCGAGCUGACUCUGGAGGACCGGAUCCGUUGGGGGUUUGGGGUAUUUGAUAACUUGUUCUGUAGUCUUUUAACUAGUACGGUGGUGUAGUUGAAGUCUACCCCCAAUUUUCGGGGUUCCAAGGAAUUCAACAUCCUAGCUGGACAGGUCCAUGUCUAAGCAUUUGAAUUGCAGCUGUCUGUCUACGUUCAACCGUAGUUGCAGUGUUUCAGCUCCCAGAUUGUAUGUCGUUAGAAUAUUAUUACUUGAUCAUUAUAUACCAUCCUAAACCGUAUAUCGUGAGAACCUCCAA